UGCCCACCUAAUGAUUUACACAUGUAUGGGUUCAAGAAUGUCUGCAAGGAUUUAAAGGAAUUGAUGGAUCAACUAAAAAUCAAGAGUUCAGUAUUCAUCGGACACGACUGGGGCGGUUACUUGGCAUGGCGAAUGUGUAUUCAUCACCCAGAACGAGUCAAGGCUGUAAUUAGCAUUUGCACCCCUUACACACCCCCUAACGAGAAUUACAUUGCUCUCGAAUCGGUGGCGGAGAUCCUUCCGAAUUUGCAAUAUCAAGUUUAUUUAUCGCAUCCCAAAGCUGAAAUCGAGUUAGACAGCAAACCGGAAGAAUACCUUAAGGCCGUAUUGCGAUCUUCGCAACCAGGGGAUCAGAUUCAGCUGUUUGAUGGGAAAAAUAUGAUGGGAAGUAUCAUCGAUGGUUUACAUAGAAGUCCUAUUAUCAGUCAACAGGAGUUGGAUUACUAUGUGACCCACUACAAGAGCGGCGGAUUCCACGGUGGUUUAAAUUGGUACAAAACGAGAAAAGUUAACUAUCAAGAUGAGAAAG